AUGGAGCCUCUUCUUAUCAUCCUUUGCUGCAUCUAUUGCACAGUUUUUGUGGUCGGAACAACUGGAAAUUUGAUAAUGGUUAUGGUGACUUUUUAUUGCAAAAACCUCCGCUCGAUUUGCAACAUUCUAAUUGGAUUCUGUUGCUUCUGCGAUCUACUUCUUUUCACAAACAUAAUUGCUUUCAUGAUCUCUAUGUUCAUGCCCAUUACUCAAGAAUUCUGUUACUUUAUGAGCAUCCCCGCAGAUUUUGGAGCAUUUGCAUCGAGCGCAUGUGUACUGGAUGUUGGAAUUGACCGCCUUAUUGCUGUAGCUCUUCCGGCAAGAUAUAAAACCUUGGAACACGAUCGUUUCUGGUACUUGUUCAUUUUGAUAGCUUUUCCUGUGGUAUAUGCAGUUGUAUUACUGUAUGUCGGAUUCACACAGCGAGACCCCAGCAGAAAUUUCAUAUUCGUGGUUUGCCUGGUUCCGGAAUCGUUGGGUCAUGCGUAUGACUUGUUCGCGCUCACAUCUUUUUUCAUUAACCUUUUCGUGCUACCAAUCUAUGUCUAUGUCUACUUGAAAAUCAAAAAAAUGGGACUGAACAGCUCAAUGAAAGCGGUGUUCAAGUCACUCAUGAUUACCGUAUGUCUUGUGCUUUGUGGUUGGAUGGCUACAGACACAGUUGGAGCACUUUCACUAACACUUCCGAUAGACAAGAAUGUGGCGAGAAUGAUGCAGUUGUACGCAGGAGUUUUCAUUCUUUCUUCUAGCUCUUUCAAUGCAUUUGUUUAUUAUAGAAUUAGCCGUGACUACCGUACCGCAAUUCGUGCAAUGCUGAGAAUAUCAAAUGCGACUUCUGUAUCCAAAGGAACCGGAUAUCGAGAUACAACCGAUAAAGCUAGAUCGAGCACUCACAGAAGAUCAACAAUCACUGUUCGUACGAGCAUGCACAUGUAA